CCGGAAGCGGCGGCGGCGGGGGAGGCGGGGGAGGCGGGGGAGGCUCUCCGGAUUGCGACUUCAGAGAGGCCCUUGGAAGAAGCGCAUCCUCGGGGUGGGGCGGCCCUGAGGAAACGCUCCCGGGCCUAGUGUCCCUUCCAGUGCUCCCUGGCCGUCCCCGCCCCUCCCCUACCAACCCAGCGACCGGGAUGCAGACAUCAGAGCGUGAGGGGAGUGGGCCAGAGGUGAGCCCCAGCGUGAUGCCUGAGGUUCCCCUGGAGUCUCCACCUGCCCCUACCAAGUCCCCGGCAUUUGAUCUUUUCAACUUGGUUCUGUCCUACAAGAGGCUGGAGAUCUACCUGGAACCCCUGAAGGAUGCAGGUGACGGUGUCCGGUACUUGCUCAGGUGGCAGAUGCCUUUGUGUUCCUUGCUGACCUGCCUGGGCCUCAACAUCUUGUUCCUCACUUUGAAUGAGGGUGCAUGGUACUCGGUGGGUGCCCUGAUGAUUUCAGUGCCUGGCCUUCUGGGCUACCUUCAGGAGGUUUGCCGGCCACGGCUGCCUGAGUCUGAGUUGAUGCGGAGGAAGUAUCACAGCGUGAGGCAGGAGGACCUCCAGAAAGUUCGCCUCUCUCGCCCUGAGGCUGUGGCUGAGGUGAAGAGCUUCCUGAUCCAGCUGGAGGCCUUCCUGAGCUGCCUGUGCCGCACCUGUGAAGCUGCCUACCGCGUGCUGCGCUGGGAGAACCCCGCCACGUCCUCGCAGUUCUAUGGGGCUCUUCUGGGCACGGUUUGCAUGCUGUAUCUGCUGCCCCUGUGCUGGGUCCUUGCCCUUUUAAACAGCACGCUCUUUCUGGGGAAUGUGGAGUUCUUCCGAGUGGUGUCUGAAUACAGGGUAUGUCUGCAGCGGCGGCUGAAGCCCAAGCAGAAAGACAGCGUCUUUGAGAGCCCACCACUGCUGGAGGCUGGGGGAAAGUCUGCUCUGCCGGACUGCACGCCUGCACCCACACCCACAGAGGACCUCACGCCUGGCAGUGUGGAGGAGGCCGAGGAGGCUGAGCCCGAUGAGGAGUUUAAAGAUGCGAUUGAGGAGGAUGAUGAAGGUGCCCCGUGCCCAGCAGAAGACGAGCUGGUUCUGCAGGACAACGGGUUCCUGAGCAAGAAUGAGGUGCUGCGCAGCAAGGUGUCACGGCUCACGGAGCGGCUCCGCAAACGCUACCCUACCAACAACUUUGGGAACUGUACGGGCUGCUCGGCCACCUUCUCAGUGCUGAAGAAGAGGCGGAGCUGCAGUAACUGUGGAAACAGCUUCUGCUCUCGGUGCUGCUCCUUCAAGGUGCCCAAGUCCUCCAUGGGGGCCACAGCCCCCGAAGCCCAGAGAGAGACUGUGUUUGUGUGUGCCUCGUGUAACCAGACCUUGAGCAAGUGAGAAGAGGGGCUGGGGUCCAAAGUGGGCGUCGGUCCUUGGGGCCAGCAGCAGGCCUCACUUCCCUGUCCCUAGCCCCUUGUGGUGUGUGCUGGGCAAAUGUGGCCUGAACGCUAAGUAGGCUUCCCCUUCCUAUCCUUGCUGUCUCCAGCUGGGUUCUGGAGCUGCUCCCCACUCUUGUGGGUGGCUAGUAAGUGGCAGUUCUUAAA